GAUCUACGGCGACAGCUUUCCUUCAAGCAGUGAUGAGCAGUGCUUCUCCCCCCGAGGCCUGAAGCGCCUCCAUGGCCUCACUUCGCAGUGCAAGGAUCUCAUCCGCCAGGGCUACUUCCUGGACAUCCCGCAGUCCCGGGCCCUCUUGGAGGAGGAGUGCUCCCACAGGCUGGACAAUGGGUACCACCUGGAGCUCCUCAAGGCGCCGCUUCGGGACUACCUCCUGGACCUGGAGUUGCGGCUGGGCAUCGAGCUCCACUUCCUGGCGAAGAUGGCCGAGGUCCUGGAUGGCCGUGGAGCUCUCCACCCUCGAAGGGAGACUUCACCGUCCGAGAAAGUUCUGAGGUCUCUUGGGUGGGAGAUGCAGGUUGACUUCGAGCACCUCUCGGAAGCCGAGCUCGUGGCCCCCACCUAUCUCGACUCCAUCUUGAAGGUGAUGAAUCUCAAGGCCGGGGUCCGCGACGACGACGAGAAGAGGCAAGCCUUUAAGGAUGUGAUCCAUGGAGCCGCCCGGAAGAAGGACGAGAACCUCGGUCAAUUCGCGACGAGGCGACUCCGUGACUUCACCAAGGCCGCGACCUACGGGAUCACCCUGCCCCCCGAGUUCCGAGUGUCCUUGAUGAAGGAAGGAGCCGGCCUCAGCGACCAGAACUUGCAGAACCUGGCCGUGCUCACUCAGGGCAGGGAGAUGGACGUGGACUUCCUGGCUGCCGCGAUGGCCAAGAUGGACGUUCGGGCCGAUCGCCUUUCCGGCUAUGCCGAAGUGGAUCCCGCGGCAUCUCUCAGCUUCGCCGAGGGCACGAGUGGACUCCGUGAACUUGAACAAGAAGAGUCUGAAGAAGAGGAGUCCUUGGACGAUGAGGUGGUUCUCUCCGAGCUGGAGGACCUGAACUUCUCCGAGGACCAGGCGCAGAUGGUCUUUGCGAUCCUGGAGAACCGACCGCCGAGACGCCGGAGGACGUGGAAGGAGAACAAGAUGUUCAAGGCUGAAGCGAGAAAGGAUCGAAAGCCCUUUCGCAAAGGCGACGCCCCUCCUGAUGGAGGCCGAGCUUCUGGAAUGCGUGCGGGCCUCUCCCGGGAUCAGCUGAAGAAGAUCUCCACCUGUCGUAACUGUGGCAGGAAAGGCCACUGGGCGGAGGACUGCACGCAGCCAAAGAGUGGAGGACCAGGAGCUGACCGUGGUCGGGUAUCUGGCUUCUGCUAUCUUGGGCAGGAGAAUCCUGGAGGCAACGCAUUCUGUGGGCUGACGGCGUCUGAGUGGAGCAAGGUCCUUGCAGCAGCCAAGGACCUGAUCGGGGAGUGCGCCCUUGCAGCUCUUGGACAUGUCUUGGCAGACGCCGGCUUGAAGUACGUAGACGUGCCUGUGGAUUCCCAAGGACCUCCAACCGGGAUUGGAGGAGCCGCCACCGUGACCCGAGCCGUUCUGGUCCCCAUUUCACCAGAAGGAGUUCCGGGGGUCGUGCACUUCACCGUGAUCAAGGAGAAUGUUCCCCCGCUGCUCAGCGUCGGGUUGCUUGAGCACUUGGGGGCCACGCUUGACCUUGUCGAGAACCAGGUGCAUUUUAAGAGCAUCAAUGUCGUCCGGCGCAUGCAGAAGGAAGCCUCAGGUCACCGUACCAUCUCCCUCGUCGAGUGGGAUGGAUCGCUUUUCCCCGUGCCCAAGGAGGCUCGAGAUCGUUUUGGACUCUCAGCAGAUUCGUUCAUGUUGAAGCCGAAGGGCCAGCCCUCCUCCGCGUACGCAAAACAAAGCGAAGCCCAGGGAGAUCUUUGCAGUGCACAGGUUCCAGCCCCGCUCCCACUCGUGAACAUGGACACUCAGAGAGGCUCCCUCGUGGGGCAGAGAUGGCGGGCGCUGGUGAACCGAGUGUUCUUCAUGAUGGAAACGACCAGGAUGAUGUAUGUGCGGCUGGUGAUGGCCGAGAAGGGUCAAAAGUCGAUCAAGUCCGACCGGCGCAAGUACAUCGAGUCCGAGAACCAGGCCCCCGGCAAGUGCCUCCACACCGGUCCUCAUAUCAACCGGGGGAAUCAGUAUGCAAGCUGGCAGGUGUGCAAGACCUGCAACGCCCGGAUCAACUACGCGAGCCGCGGAAGGAGCAAAGCCAAGCCGAAGGCGAAAGCCCUCGGGACACCUGUGACCACCUCGCCGGCCUCAACAAGGACGCAAGGUCCGAUCUUCGAGCCCAAUCCGCGCAGGACAGGACGGCAGGAGGAAACACAGGGUGCGGCAUCCAGCUCCUCGAACACCUCCCCGGAGGUGGCCACGGCUCUUCAGAUGAUGGCGGCGGGCUUCCAGCAGCUGAACUCCACCAUGGCGGAGCUCAUGAAGGGGCAGAGCCAAAUGAUCAUGAUGAUGGCCAAUGCCACGCCGGGCAAGGCCUUCGACCAGAUGACCUUCGACGAGGCUUCCCAGAUGGCGGCGCAGGCGACAACCGAGCACUUUGCGAUGAACGUGGACGAGGAGGACGACGAGAACGGCAGCUGGUCUCCAGUGGCACCUCAGGAGAACCACCCCGACGAGGUGGGAAAUCCCAACCUCCUCCUCUGGGCCUCGUCACUUGUGCACUGGGGGCAGUGCUCACGGGAGCUUCAAGAUCACCUACGCCCCCGAGGUGGAGGGGCGAGCAGCUGGAUUGUGUACAACGAGAGUGCAAUGGAUGGAAGUCAAGAUGGCCCAGAACAUCUCCGACACCCUUGGGUCCGAGUGCAUGAGAAGUGCCCUCCCGGGUCUACUGUGCUAUGGCACGAACUACGAGACGAAGAUGGACGAGUCCGAGCACGAGGCCCGGGAGAGAUUCAGACAGUCGACCCAGGUGGAUCUCACGAAAUUCGUCGGUGGGUCAUUGAUGAGAAGCUGAUCCUCCCCUUCCACCUGCACGAUCCAUCGGUCGGCGUCUUUGGCAUGAAUGCCGAGGGCGAGGAAUGCUCGUUCGGACCGUACUGGCACUUCUCCGCGGAGCUCCUCGGCGACGACGGGCACGACGAAGCGGUCGUGAUGCUACAGACUGGAGGUGAAGAUGCCCUACGUCGACUCGGAGAGCUAGCCAGGGGUCGGUCGCGGGAGAUGCAACAGAACCGAUUAGAUGUGCUCGAGAUCUUCCACGCGGGCGCCUUCUCUACUCUGGCGCAGCAGAAUGGACUCAAGGUCUUGGAACGCCCGACCAAGUUCUCUGUGGAGGACGGCUGGACAGGCCUGGGUGCAAAACAACGUCGACAUCUACGACAAGACCUUCUUCAUUACCGGCCCCGGUUGGCGACGAUGAAGCUAAGGCCUGCCGGAGAAGAGAAAGGCGGUGGGUCUGGGCCCUCUCAGGCCGACCGCAUCAGGGAAGCUGUUCAGGCAGCAAUGGCGCUGGAGGUUGCCGAGGGCCAGCUUGAGCGUGGGGACAAGUUCCUUCUAGAAGCCCCUCAAACUUCAGAUUGUUGGAGAUCAGACCGAAUGGGCCACCUUAUGGCCCUUCCAGACGUUUCUGUGAUUGAGGGGGACUUUGGAGGUCAGUUCGUGACGAAUGAUGUGGGGAUUUCGCAGAACUUGAUGCUGAUGAUGAAGGGAGAGCACGCCAACGACUGUCCUCAGGAGCCCCCGGAGAAAGGACCCGACCUCGUCGAGCAAGCCCAGGCGCACGCAACAAGCUUUGUUUCUGACGUGCCGGGGAGGAUCUUCAAGAAGUCCGAGAACCUCGCCGAGAUCUUGUUCCGGAAGGGGGACUUUUCACAUCAAGCAUGUCGUCGGCUCCUCAAGAGUAUUCCUUGGAAGGAGCUACCGCUCGGGAGACCUGGAACCUCCGCCCUAGCUCGAGAGAGACGUCAUACCGUGACCCUCGGGCAGUUUACUCAUGGAGGCGUCGGAGGAGUCACCCGGGCUACGAUGAUGAUCCCGGAGGCCACCAAAUACUUCAACCGUUACUUGACUCUUCAGGGAGCCGUGGAGCCAAGGUCUUCUUUGACGAUCGGGAUCAACAGCAGCCUCUCCUACCACCGGGACGUCCACAAUGUCGGUCUGAACUGCUCGAUUGCCCUGGGACAGUUCACUGGCGGGGAAAUUUGGACAGAAGAUCAAGAAGGACCUGUGCGAAGGCAGGUCAGUCCGGAGCGGUGGGUUGCCGGUCGUCUACACAAAACACACCAUCGGCUGCUGUGCUUCUCGCCAAAGGAGCUUCAUCGAGUGGAACCACACCGAGGAGAACGCUGGAGUAUCACCGGGUUCCAGACUCGCUCGUCCACUCGGCUGGCGGCUUCGGAACAAGCAGCUCUGGGAGCUCUGGGGUUCAAUCUUCGAGGAUAUGGGGUGGCUGUUCAAAAUUGCCACCGCCGUGAUUUAGCGCUCCUGGACGCCUCCUUCUUCGCCACUACCAGCUCGACUUUCUGCCGGGUGCCCGCCGAGGUCAUGAACAAUAAGAACCACAACUUCGUUGAGGCGGAGGAGGAUACAGAUGGGGAGACUGACGAGAAGAAUCAAAGGACCACCGAGGCCCAGGAGGAGCGACCGUCGAGGGCGCGGGUGUCAGAGGAACAGAAGCGGCUUAUCCGGAAGGUGCAUGUUAAUACAGGACAUCCGCCUAUGGAGAGAUUCUUGCGGACCAUGCGAGCUGCCGGCGCCCUUCCGCAUGUGCUUGAGUACAUUCGUGACCACUUCAAGUGCGACGAUUGCGAGGUCAAGAUGAGAGCUGACUCCCGCCGACGGGCGCAAUGUCCACGGCUGUAUGCCUUCAAUCGGGUGUUGUCCGUGGACAUCAUGUACCUCCGCUUCCAGGAGAAGCAAGUCCCCAUCAUGAAUCUGGUCUGCACGGGCACCAAUUAUCAUGUUGCAGUUCGCGUUCCCAACACAAGCGGGACGCCAAGUUCCUCAGCAGCAUGGAAGGUCUUUUUAGAGACUUGGGUGAGAUACAUUGGAGCGCCAAGCCUAGUCAUCAGUGAUGGGGGCAAUGAGUUUAAGGGAGCCUUCGAGCGAGGGUUGGAGCAGCUAGGAUGUCUGCAACAUGUUUGUGCCGCAGAGAGCCCGUGGCAGAAUGCCAAGUCAGAACGACAUGGCAGGUGGUUGAAGAGGAGGCUCACGCAAGAGGUGGAGUCCGGCAGGUGCAUCUUCGACAGCCUCGAGGAGCUGGACGAGUUCCUGGCGCAGAUCACGGCCGCCAAGAACCGUUGGUUCAAUCAAGGAGGGCACUCGCCGGUGCAAUUGGUUUUCGGUGAGCUGCCCCGUGUGUCCGCUGAGUUGCUGAGUGAUGGGCCCGGAGGACUUCAGCCGUUGUCUGACUCACUACAUGAUCCCGCAGGAGGAGACGAGAUUGGCGUGGAGUUCGGACGGAGGAUGGCUCUUCGUGACCGUGCCAGGCAGCUAGCGAUGGAACAGGACUCCAAGGAGGCCAUUCGGAAGGCAGUGAAGACUCCCACCAGCCCAACACGCAGGUGGAACAUUGGACAAUGGGUCUACGUGUUUCGCCGGGCCAAGCCUGGAGACACGCUCCACCCCACCUCGCGUUGGGUUGGGCCAGGGUUGGUGAUCAUGAAUUCCCAAGGGAUCGUAUGGGUCGCGAUGCGGACCAGGCUGUGGAGGUGUUCAUCCGAACAGCUGCGACCGGCCUUCCCGUCGGAAGUUCUUGGGAGUCAGCUGAGCUCUGAUCCGGAAUUAGCUGAGCUGCUGCGCAAGGUCACCUCGAACACACGAGCCGGUGCAGUAGAUGUUGCUCGCGAGGGCCCUCCACCUGGGAGUGGAGAUCAUCAUGCUCCUGUGGAGCGACUCGAGCCCGAGGGGCUCCCCGUUGAUGUACCACCUGAGGCAAGAUCGCGAGAGAGAGCUAUGCCUCCCGGCGUGAUGCCAGGAGCUCCAGAAAACUUCAUCCCCGUUUCGCCUGGGCUGGUUGGACCACAAGGAAUGCCGCCGCCACCGAACACAGAAGCUAUUCCCCCUGAGGGAGUACAUUCCACGGCUACCUCACGGAGAUCAUCGUUGGAGGAACCCGCACAAGAGCCUGAAAUCCCGGCUCAUAUGGAGCCGAUUCCCGAGGAGAUGUCACCUGGGGAAGCAGCCGAAGGCCAGGAACCUCCUCCUCCGAAGGUCCCAAGGACGGAUGAAGGGCCUAGAGCCCCAGGGACGCCCAUCCACCAACUGCUGCGAGUGAUUCGGUCUCGAAGGAACUUUGAGGAUUCUGGCAGGACCACCGAGUCCGAACAGCGGGAGACCUCGAGAUCACCUCGGAGAGAGAGUUCUGACCGAGAGUUGUUCUCAUGGUUCUCCAUGAACGAGGAGGGCAAGUUGCACCUCCUGGCCAAGCGCAACGACGAGAUCUCGCUCAAAGACCUGACGGCAGCCGAGGCCAAGAUGUUCGAGGAGUCUGACGCGAUCGAGUGGAAGGCGAUCUUGGACUCCAAGGCGGUCAGCGUGAUUCACGGGGCGGAGGCCUCGGCCGUGCGAGCGAAGUGGGGUGACCGCAUUCUCUCGUCGAGAAUGGUGCGGCGCAAGAAACCUCUCCCUGAGGAAAAUCAUUGGAAACCGAAAUCCCGAUGGUGUGUGGGGGGUCAUACAGACCCCGAUACCGGGACCCUGACAACCUUUGCACCGACACCUCAGGGUGAGGGGAUGAUGUCAUUCAUCCAAACCAGCCUGAACUUGAAGCAUCUCUUUUCCUUCACAGAUGUCAAGAAUGCGUUCUGCCAAUCGGACAAGAUUGCAAGGCAGGCUGGCCCCCUGUUCGCCGAACCAUGUGAUGGACUCCGACUCCCGCCAGGCUCGCUGAUCGUGCUUGACAUACCCGUUUACGGGCUUGACGACGCCCCAGCAUGCUGGAGGGCAACUGUAGUGGGAUACCUCGUGAAGGAGCUUGGAUACGUCAGGAACCUGGUCGAACCAUGUUGGUUCAUGAAGUUCGAGGAGGACAAUGAUGGAAAGCUUCAGAAUGUCUCGCAGAUCCUCCUCGAAGUUGACGACUUCAUCGUGACGGCCCUGCCGAGUCAUGAGAAGCAGGUCGAGGACAAGCUCCGGGGAAGGUUCGUCUUCGGGAAGUGGGACAAGGGCGCCGCCGAAUAUGCAGGGAGGCGCGUCCGUACCUUCCCAGACAAGGUCUUCAUCGACCAGGGCAAGUACAUCAGGGAGCAGGUCAGGCCAGUGCCUCUAGAAAAGCAUCGCAAACAGGAUCGCAAGGCCCGCCUGAACAACUCCGAGUUCCAGCUCCUUCGCUCGGCGAUCUACAAGGUGAAUUGGCUGGCGAAGGAGAGCAGGCCUGAGAUGGCAGGGCUAGCCUCUAUAAUGGCCUCGAGGCUCCCGGUCGCAACCAUUGACGACAUCUUCACUGUCAACAAGUGCAUCAAUCAUCUCCACAACACCGCCGACCGAGCUCUGAUCAUUUGGAGAUUUGAUCCCCGGGAGAUGGCCUUUGUGGUGGUGACUGACGCUGGUGGAAUCUCCAUCAGAGAGGGAGAGGAGGAUGCCGACGGGCUUCCAGUUGAUGCUACUCAGGGAGCCUGGGCAGUGAUCGCGACUGAGCAUCUUCCUGUCGGCCGUGAGCGUGUAAGGGGAUCACUUCUGGCAUGGCGGUCCAGCAAGCUGAAGAGGAAGGUGUUCUCAAGCUUCGGUGGAGAGGCUCAAGCUAUGUUGCAGGGAGUCAAUGAGGUGGACUGGCUGCAAGUGAUGGUCCGAGAUGCAGUGGCUCAUGACGUUCAGCUGCGGGACUGGCGAAACAGCCUCUCCCCCCACAUGCUUGUCCUUCGAGGAGAUUGCCAGUUGCGUGAGCGGCAGCAACAGUGUUCAGUCACCGAUGCGAAAUCACUGUUUGACUGUAUCCUGAAAGAACACCCUCGAGGCCGGCAAGACAGAAAGGCGGCACUCGAGCUCUCGAUCGUGGUCAAGGACUUGCAAGAAACGAAAUCCAUGGUGAGGUGGACUCCACACCAAAAGAACAUCGUCGACGGGCUCACCAAGUUCGACCCCCUCAAGAGCAACGGAGCCAUGGAGGACUUCGUCCGCCAGGGGAUGUUGAGUGCUGCCAAAGCGUUAGGAGCACCCGGAGGCUCCCAAGAGCAUCCCAAGAAGUCCAAAAUGCUGUGGCAAGCGCACGACUUGGAGACAAGGAACGGCCAGUUCAUCCGUUGUGACCAGGAGGUGCAAAGAGUUCUUGAUCCAGUGGCUCCUGCUGCAGCUUUAGAGGGGCUGGAAGCAACAGGAAACGACUUUGGUUCCCACGAUCUUUCGCAGGAUGGAAAGUACCACACGGAAACUUCGGCCUUGGGGAGGUUCCAGCAGGCCUUGGCGGAGCAGCGGGCAGAGCACGAGGCCAAGCUUGUGCAGUUACAAGCGCACUGGGAGGAACGGUUUGCGGAGGCAGUGUCCUUCUGGCAAAAAGCCUGGUCGACUACGGCUGCAGCGGUGAAAGAUUGCAACACUCAUUGCGUCAAGCUCAGCGAGGUGUUGGAAGCAUCCUUGGAUGAACUUGGUCAAAACAGUAUGGAGGUUACCUCUCUGACAUGCAGACUGCAGGUGUUGGAGGAGUCUGUCGGUCUUCCUCAGAGGCGAUCCGAGCUUGCAACCAGCCAGCAAGACAACGAGGUGGCACUCGAAGCUCUUCCCGGGACUCGCAUCCGUCUGGAAGGCCUCAGUGGGACCAGUGAUAGCUUCAAGCGCUUAUCCAGCGAGCUGGCCCGAUUCGAACACGAGGUGUCAACACAUUCGCAGAAACUUCUAUCCGUUUCUCAUGUGACACUGGCGACGGAGGAUUGUCUGCCUGCGCAUUGUCAGACCGAUUCGUUCGCAGACUGGCGCAGUCUCAACGCAAUCAAGCAAGCUCCUUCCGUCGGACCGGCAUACAAGCCCAAGCCACAGACGACUGCUGGAGCAUUGCCACCCGCAGAUUGCCCGCAGGCCAGCAAAGGUGACAGAGUUCUACCUGGAGUUGGGCUCCUGCCGAGGGCAGCAGUAGGCGGCGCAUGUGCUGCCACAGAAGUUUCGGAGGUCCAGGCCCCGUCAGAUCAGAGGCACGAUGCCUUGACUGGGAGGACCUGA